UGAUUUGUUUAAAUUGUUCUUAUUUUUUCUAAACUAGAGUCUAUUCUAAUCAAGGAGAUUACAUAAAUAGAUCGGCUAUUCUAAACUACAGUCUAUUCUAAUCAAGUUUUUCUAAACUAGAGUCUAUUCUUAUUUUUUCAUAAAGUUCAUUUGAUUUGUUUAAAUUGUUCUUAUUUUUUCUAAACUAGAGUCUAUUCUAAUCAAGUUUAGCAUAAUUUGCACAAAAUUAUGAUAGAUUCUUGAAGAUAUAAUGCUAUUCUUGAAUUAAAAUUGUGCCUUUGUCUAUUAUCUAUAUAGAAAUGUAGUAAAAAUAAAGUUUGCAAUAGUGGGUAUUUGAAUUGCCUUCCAUUAAACAAGGAGAUUGCAUAAAUAGAUCGGCUAUUGCUCUGAUAUGAAUUCAAUACUAUGUUUUCUAUAUAUAAAUUUAUUUUGGAACUUUGUAAAAAAAAACCACACCUGGAGCUAUAGUAAAAGCCGAGAUGCAGUUGUAUCUAUCAUAAUUUUGUGCUGAUGAUGUGAGGUCAUCUUGCGUACGAGCGAGAUGCAUUAGAUAGAAGGCAUUGGUGAACCAAACGACAACUUUUGUGCUGACUUUCUUGUAGGCUUGAGAUAGUAGCUAAAUUAUUUGUAUUCUACCUGGAGUUGAACAGGUAUUUGGGCCAUACAUCCUUAAAGUUGGAACACCGUGGAGUUGUUUAGAUAUAACCAGCUAGAAUCUCACUGACCCAUCAAUCCUGCUCCAUAUCUUAUGUAUAACAUACUUCUCAUAUCUUUUGAAAAUGCAAAAAGAGAGAAUAAAUGGGAUUAGGUGGACAAAGAUGAGAUUAUUGAUCAGCAAUAGCAUUUAUUUAAAAAGCUUGUUGCUCCCCUUGUCCCCUGUCGACCAUAAUUAUCUCCUUCUACAAGUUCUCAUCAGAUUCCUUUUGACCUCCACAAAUCAUGUGAACUAAUGCAGCAAUUAGUUCAUUGCAUUUCACCAUUACUGAUUCCCAUGCUCUCAUGGUUCCUUGGAUCUUGUCAGUAGAGAGUAACUGUGCGCAGUAAUCAGUAAUGCCUCAUAGAUGACCAUCCCAGCAUUCAGUAGAAAUCUUCAUUCAACUACUUAUAUUAUUUCUUUUAUUUUUUAUUUUUAAUUUAAUGACCCCUUAUGACAUCAAUUUGUGAGCACACCCUUUUUCAUUUUAUAGUUUGUCAAUCAAUGUACGUGAUUUUUAGUUGGUGCAAAAAAAGACAGUAAAAUCACUGAGGAAACUAGACAGUAAAAUCAGGGUCUGCUCCAUCUGGUUUUCCUUUUGAGAGGCACUUUGGUUACUUUCCUGAAUCACCAGAUGUUUCUUUCAAAAGUCCAGUUUCCUUGGGAGGUGUUGGAACAAGCCAAAAUGAGGGAAAUUUAAUGAUGAAUUAUGUUCGCCGUCCAAUAAAUCCUGCGGCUUCACUAUCAGGAAACAUCUCCGAGACUGGUUCACCAAAUUUCAGAAUGUUGCCAUCACAGAGAAUGGGGCCUGGCUUUUAUGGGAGUGUGCCAUAUCCUGGCUAUGGAACCAUUGGCUUUGAGGGUUUAACUGAACAAAGCCGUAGUCGGCGAGUUGAUAACGGCGGGAGCCAACUUGAUAGCAAGAAGCAAUAUCAGCUUGAUUUGGAAAAGAUUGUCAGUGGAGAAGAUACAAGAUGCUGCUGGCAGCUAUUGAUGAAACUCACAAGGGGACUUAUGAUUUUGUUUACCUGCCAAUAGAUUUUAAGAAUAAAUGCAAUGUCGGUUAUGCUUUCAUAAACAUGGUGUCUUAUUCUCUCAUUAUCUCAUUCUACCAGACAUUCAAUGGGAAGAAGUGGGAGAAAUUUAACAGCGAGAAAGUUGCAUCUCUGGCAUAUGCACGAAUCCAGGGCAAAGCAGCACUUGUCAGUCAUUUCCAGAAUUCAAGCUUGAUGAAUGAGGAUAAACGGUGCCGUCCUAUUCUGUUCCAAGGAUCAGAAGCUGCUGAUCAGUUGCAUUUGGAGCUGAAGUUGCUGUUGUUGCUGAUGCAAUUCUUGUUGCUGCUGCAGCUGUUGAAGAUGAUGUUGCUCCUCUAACUGAAGUUUCAAAAAUUGCUCCAACUCUGGCAUAUACUGGUUAACUGACUGUUGAUGCUGCAGAGAACCUUGAAUUUGUUCAAUAAAUGGCACAGACGAAUUCUGACGAGAAAGCAAGCGCUGCUGCUGA